CACACACCAAAGCCACCAGCCUAAGAAAAGUUAGACAAUAAUAUUUUGCAAAAGUGUGAUUAGCAAGUGAAUGUACGUGUGAGCAAUGACAACGUCCUCAAUUAAACGACGUCGCUCUCCGCACGAUGCAAGCGCAUCGAACGAUGGGGAUGGCCUGGAAAAUGACAACGACAACAACAGCAGCACUCGAAGUAGCAGAAGCAGAAGUAGCAGCAGCGGCAGCAGCGCGUUGCCCAACAAUAGCAUCAGCAGCAACAUGUCCAAGCGCGACUCCGAGGAGGACACCUGGGCAUCAAAGGGGUACAGCUAUAUCAAUCCGUUCGUGCAUCGCAUAGAAAUCGACAGUCACAUUGAGGUGGCCAAGAUCUAUGUGCUGACUGUGCUGCUGCUUCCCAUACGCGUGGUGAGCUGCAUCUUAUCGCUGUUAUCGGCAUGGAUGUUCGCCUGCAUUGGCCUGUACGGCAUGUCUAUGGAGGAUCUGCAGGCAAAGCCGCUCAGUGGCUGGCGUAGACAUAUGCAGUACUGGACAGCGCGUGCCAUGCGAAUGGUGUACACAUCCGGCUCGUUUCUCUAUAUCCAAACGAAGGGCACACCGGCCACCGCCAGGGAGGCACCCAUUUUGGUUGUGGCGCCUCAUUCUUCCUACGUUGAUUCCAUUUUGGUGGUCUCCGGACACCCGCCCUCGAUUGUGGCGAAGCGCGAGACGGCGGAUAUACCGCUGCUGGGUCGCAUCAUUAAUUAUGCUCAGCCCAUUUAUGUGCAGCGCGAAGAUCCUAACUCUAGGCAGAACACCAUACGUCAUAUUGUCGAUCGUGCACGUUCCAGCGAUGACUGGCCUCAGGUGGUCAUCUUUUCCGAGGGCACAUGCACAAACCGCACGGCACUAAUUAAAUUUAAGCCCGGCGCCUUCUAUCCGGGCGUGCCCGUACAACCAGUUCUGCUCCGCUAUCCCAACAAGUUUGACACCUUCACCUGGACCUGGGAUGGGCCGGGCGUCCUGCGUCUGCUCUGGCUAACAAUGACACAGUUUUAUAACCGCUGUGAAAUCGAAUACCUUCCCGUUUACACGCCUUCCCCAGCUGAGAUGGCCGAUGCCAAUCUCUAUGCGAACAAUGUACGAGAAGUAAUGGCCAAGGCAUUAGGAGUGCCCACGUCCGAUUACUCAUUUGAGGAUGUCAUCGUUAUGAGUCGUGCUCGUGAAAUGAAAAUUCCAUUUCCUGGUGACAUUGUGGAAAUAGAGCGCACCCUCGAUUUUCUUGACCUCUUGGAUUCGAAGCGCGACAUGGAACUCUGCGAGAUGUAUCUAACGCUUACUAACACAGACAAACUGGACAUUAUCACAUUUGCUGAGCUUCUCCAAGUGGAUCUCAAUAAUCCCAAUCUGCACAAGCUUUUUGCGCUACUGGAUCAUCGUCGCAAGGGCACAGUGUGUCUGAAAAGUUUUUUGCUCUGCUCGCUGUUUUGUAAACUAAAGAACAGUGACGUCAUAACGUUUUUGCGCGCACUGAUUAAACUGUAUAGUGAAUCGAGUCAAAAGAUAGACAGGGAGAGCUUCACGCGUUUGUUGCGGCAUGGCGGCGACAAGCUGAAUGAGAAAAAGGCGCAGGCACUUUUCUUUGCGCUGGACACCGCCAAUGUUGGCCACGUCUCCUUCGAUAUGUUUGCGCAGUACACGGAGAAGCAGCCUAGCUACAAGUUUCUCUAUCACAAGUCGGAGCACAUAAGACGGACAAAGAGCAAUGUAAUCACGGCCACGCCCACAGCAAACUGAAAAAACCGCAACAAUGCAUUUGGAGGCUGCAAUUAAACUUAAAAAGCUGGUUCUAUACUUAUUCAGAGCUGUGCCAUAGUCAAGUAACCGACAACAGGCAACACGGCAGAGAAAGAGAUAGCCAGAGAGAGAGACAGAGGGAUAGUAAGCAAGAUAGAGAAGAAAUGUGUAGCACAGUCAACCUAAGCAAAAAGUUCAAUUAUAAUAUAUAAUUAAUUUAUUUAUUGUGUACGUGUUUGUUGCCUACUGUAAUUAGAGUUGUAUAGCUUGAGAAGAAGAGAAUUGUUAUUCAGGCAGGUCCAAUUGAGAACUUUGCUAAAUUGCAAAUGUGCAAGCAUAAAUAUAAACAAAUAUAUUUAUAUUUACUGUCUGCACAUAACUUUAAAUAAUUACCUUUAUGUGUACUUUAACUCUUAACGCAAUUCAUUUCAUUAUUGUGAUUCUAAUUAUAUAUAUAACUAUAUAUAUAUAAUAUACAUAUAUAUAUAUAUAUAUAUUUUAAUUAUACACUAUACAUGUUAUGUUGCCAAGUGUGCACACUCAUAUUUCACAAAUUAGUUUGGUCGUCUAACCUUUUAUAUAUAUGAGAUUAUACUGGGACACUCAGGUGUCUACAGCUAAGCCAGUGAAUGUAGCUUCUUAAAUAUUACCCAAUGCCAAAAUCUUAACACAUAAUGUAAAUGACAACCAAAAAUCGGAAUCGGAUCUUCACUUCAGUUUUUACCUUUUCAAUGCAGUUCUUGAGUUCCAAUCAUGUAUAUGGUUUCGGGCAUAUUCUUGCUUAGUUAGUUUUCCAUAGACAUACAUAUAUAUGUAUAUAUAUAUACAAGUAUAUUUCUUGUGCAUUUGUAAACGUAAACACCAAAUAGACUUUUGGACACGACUUGUAGCGUCCUCAGCACCCGAUAUAUAAUAGAGUCUAGCUGUACUUAAUUCAUCCAAAGACACAAGGAACUAGCAUCAAGCAACAGAUGUAAACACAUACAAUCACACACAUGCAUGUACACACCCACACACACACACACACGUUUAUACAUAGAAUCUGGUCUGUUAUUUAGAAAUUUAUUGGUAAAAAUUUUAUAAAAUGCUACAACUUCGAUACA